CCCAGCCAGGCUUUCCGUAUUGUAACCCUCAGGUCUAGGUACAGUAGCUCACGGAAGACUCUGCAGAUACACCCCUAUAAACGGAGGGAAGAAGGGGGGAGGAAAAGGAGAAAGAGAAUGAGGAGAGGAUGUCAGAAGGUCCGUGCCUCUCUGCCUGAGUCCCAGUUAGACUGUUUCAGCCUGGCCAAGGUGAAGGAAAGUUGCUUCUCAGCCUAGGAAGUGGGUUUGGCUGCAAAGGGGAGGAAGGCGACUGGGCUCUGAAGCUCCCCUCCCUUCUGCAGAAGACCACUGGGUACCCUUCUUGCCAACCUCCUCCCGCUCUUCUCCUCCAGCCCUCCCUUUUCCCACUCCUCCUUGACUCGGAGGCCUGGAUGCUGGGCCACCGGGCAGUGGUCCAGCGCGCAGCCGGGCGGGGGCGGGGGCAGGGGGCACUGUGACAGGAAGCUUCGCGUACAAGUUGGCCAUUUCAGGGGCAAAAUAAGUUCUCCCUUGGAUUUAGAAAGGACAAAGGCAGCAAGCUCCCUCUUUUGUGUCGGAUGAAGAGGACCAACCAUGAGCCGGAGCUUGGGUGCAGGCUCACCGCCUCUACCACCGCGGUCAGCUCCAGUUCCUGCCAGGAGUUGACGGUGAGAGGAAUUCGGUGAAGGGCUCUUUUAGCCCACUCCUCCCUUAUCUGAAGGACAGGCCAAAGAUCCCACUUGAAAAUGAGAGAAGACUAACAGGCAACAUUGGCUUCCCCCAAUGAUAUAUCCAAGAGAUACAGAAACCGGAUUCAUGAAGAUGUUGACAAGACUCCAAAUUCUUAUGUUAACUUUGUUCUCAAAGGGAUUUUUACCCUCUUUCGGGGAUCACAACUUUAUGAGGAGGGAAAUUAAAAUAGAAGGUGACCUUGUCUUGGGUGGUUUAUUUCCUAUUAAUGAAAAAGGCACUGGAACUGAAGAGUGUGGGCGAAUCAAUGAAGACCGUGGUAUCCAACGCCUGGAAGCCAUGUUGUUUGCUAUUGAUGAAAUCAACAAAGACGAUUACUUGCUACCAGGAGUGAAGCUGGGUGUUCACAUUUUGGAUACGUGUUCAAGGGAUACCUACGCAUUAGAGCAAUCGUUGGAGUUUGUCAGGGCAUCUUUGACUAAAGUGGAUGAAGCUGAAUAUAUGUGUCCUGACGGAUCAUAUGCUAUUCAAGAAAACAUGCCACUGCUCAUUGCAGGGGUCAUUGGUGGCUCAUACAGCAGUGUUUCCAUACAGGUGGCAAACCUGCUGAGGCUCUUCCAGAUCCCUCAGAUAAGCUACGCCUCCACCAGCGCCAAACUCAGCGACAAGUCGCGCUAUGAUUACUUUGCCAGGACCGUGCCCCCUGACUUCUACCAGGCCAAAGCCAUGGCCGAGAUCUUGCGCUUCUUCAACUGGACCUAUGUGUCCACUGUCGCCUCUGAGGGUGACUACGGGGAGACGGGGAUUGAGGCCUUCGAGCAGGAAGCCCGGCUGCGCAACAUCUGCAUCGCCACUGCGGAGAAGGUGGGCCGCUCCAACAUUCGCAAGUCCUACGACAGCGUGAUCCGCGAGCUGCUGCAGAAGCCCAACGCGCGGGUCGUGGUCCUAUUCAUGCGCAGUGAUGACUCCCGAGAGCUGAUCGCCGCAGCCAGCCGCGUGAAUGCCUCCUUCACCUGGGUGGCCAGCGACGGCUGGGGCGCGCAGGAGAGCAUCGUCAAGGGCAGUGAGCACGUAGCCUACGGAGCCAUCACCCUGGAGCUGGCGUCCCAUCCUGUUCGCCAAUUCGACCGCUACUUCCAGAGCCUCAACCCCUACAACAAUCACCGCAACCCCUGGUUCCGAGACUUCUGGGAGCAGAAGUUCCAGUGCAGCCUCCAGAACAAGAGAAACCACAGACGGGUUUGCGACAAGCACCUGGCCAUUGACAGCAGCAACUAUGAGCAAGAAUCCAAGAUCAUGUUUGUGGUGAACGCAGUCUACGCCAUGGCGCAUGCGCUGCACAAAAUGCAGCGUACCCUCUGUCCUAACACCACCAAGCUCUGUGAUGCGAUGAAGAUCCUGGACGGAAAGAAAUUGUACAAGGAUUAUUUGCUGAAAAUCAACUUCACGGCUCCAUUCAACCCAAAUAAAGGAGCAGACAGCAUUGUGAAGUUUGACACUUUCGGAGACGGGAUGGGAAGAUACAAUGUGUUCAACUUCCAGAACGUGAAUGGAAAGUAUUCCUACUUGAAGGUUGGCCACUGGGCAGAAACUUUAUUUCUAGACGUAGACUCUAUCCACUGGUCCCGAAACUCAAUCCCCACUUCCCAGUGCAGCGACCCCUGUGCCCCCAACGAAAUGAAGAAUAUGCAGCCAGGGGACGUCUGCUGCUGGAUCUGCAUCCCUUGCGAGCCCUACGAAUACCUAAUCGAUGAGUUCACCUGUAUGGAUUGUGGGCCUGGCCAGUGGCCAACGGCUGACCUCUCUGGAUGCUACAAUCUUCCAGAGGAUUACAUCAAGUGGGAGGACGCCUGGGCAAUAGGCCCAGUCACCAUUGCCUGCCUGGGUUUCAUGUGCACUUGCAUAGUUAUAACUGUGUUUAUCAAGCACAACAAUACACCCUUGGUCAAAGCAUCAGGCCGAGAACUCUGCUACAUCCUGUUGUUUGGAGUGAGCCUGUCCUAUGGUAUGACAUUCUUCUUCAUUGCUAAACCAUCACCUGUUAUCUGCGCAUUGCGCCGGCUUGGGCUUGGGACCUCCUUCGCCAUCUGUUAUUCGGCUCUGCUGACCAAAACAAACUGCAUUGCUCGCAUCUUCGAUGGUGUCAAGAACGGCGCCCAGAGGCCAAAAUUCAUCAGUCCCAGUUCUCAGGUUUUUAUCUGCCUGGGUUUGAUCCUGGUGCAGAUUGUGAUGGUGUCUGUGUGGCUUAUCUUGGAGACUCCAGGCACCAGAAGAUACACCCUUCCAGAGAAGCGGGAGACAGUCAUCCUAAAAUGCAAUGUCAAAGAUUCCAGCAUGUUGAUCUCUCUGACCUACGAUGUGGUCCUGGUGAUCCUAUGCACUGUCUAUGCUUUCAAAACAAGGAAAUGUCCUGAAAACUUCAAUGAAGCCAAGUUCAUAGGCUUCACCAUGUACACCACCUGCAUCAUCUGGUUGGCCUUCCUCCCAAUAUUUUAUGUGACAUCGAGCGACUACAGAGUGCAGACGACAACUAUGUGCAUCUCCGUUAGCCUGAGCGGUUUCGUGGUCUUGGGCUGUUUGUUUGCCCCCAAGGUACACAUUGUCCUGUUCCAACCCCAGAAGAAUGUGGUCACGCACAGGCUUCACCUCAACAGGUUCAGUGUUAGCGGAACUGCCACCACGUAUUCUCAGUCCUCCGCCAGCACGUACAUGCCGACGGUGUGCAACGGAAGGGAAGUUCUCGACUCCACCACCUCAUCUCUGUGAAUGUGAUAUGCGCAUCAGUUCGUACGUUCUUAGGCCAUUAGCCCAAGCGCUCACGGGCUGCCGCAGAACACGGGGACAGAGCAAAAGAACAACCCUGGCACCUUUUUUUUUAGAAACAGUACAAUAAAUUAUUUUUGAGGACUGUUCAGUAUCUAGUGAUGUCCUACGACUUUCUAGGCUGAUUUUAGUGCCCCUAAUAACACCCCCUCCCCGAACAUGGAAAUAACCAUUGUUUACAGAGCUGAGCAUUGGUGAAGGGUCCAACAGGGUCAGUCUACUAAAACAAAACAAACAAAAAACCCUACACGGUGGCAAUAUUAGGUAACCUUUUUCCUAUGACGUCUUUUGUAGGUUCUUGUUGUAACUAAUUUAGGGUGAGUUUCUACGUUGUAUAUUAAAGUUACAUUAUGUGUAACAGAUUGUUUUUCUCAGUACAAAAUAAAAAGCAUCUGUAUUAAUGUAAAGAUAACCAGAAUAAAAACCUUCCAGGUUUUCAAGUAUGGUGGAUAAAGGUUUGUCCUUUUGGCUCACUCAAGGUAAUUUGAAUAUGUAGAUUUCAAGUCACCUUCUCUUGUUAAUGCUGGAAGUAAUCGUCUCACUGUGCUUUCUCCACAGUCACAUUGGAAUCGAGCUGUGGCCCUGCUAGAGGGCCGUGAGUGGAAAUCUACUUUCCUACAGAUGACAGUGAUCAGAAAUUGGCAAAGGGUGACACCGUGAAUAUAAGAAUAUAAGACUAUGGUGAUAUAUACAUAACAUCUUUUUAAAGCUAUGACUAUAUAAUAGGCAAAAUCUGCUGAAUGAGGCAAAGUCUCUCAUACAUCCUGAGUAGAGGGCUGUGACCUAUCAGGAAAAGUCUGGUGGAUCUGACGUUCAAAACCAACCAUUAUGACUAGAAAAGAAACCAGAAAACCUCUAGUAACUCCAUUGGGAAAUCACUCUUGCCCUUUAUAGAUGAAUGGAGAAGUAGAACCCUGGAGAUCUUACUUCCCAUUGCUCUCCCAAGUCCUAUGAAUGAUGUUCCAGCACAUGGACUUGCCAUUAAAUUUAAAUAUUUUACUAACCUACAAUAAGGCAUGAACAGUAUAGGUAAAACUUUAGUAAAUACUGCCCUGUUUCUAUCAAACUUUUACUUGCAAAUAACGAAUGGAAAAAAUAUUGAGAACACAUCUAUCUGUAGAACCUGUAUCAUGUAACGAGGGCAGAAAGUACAUUGAUUUCCUGUGAUAAUGGGGAACAAAAUGCUAUAAACUAUGUGGCUUAAAACAACAAAAAGUUAUUCUGUCACAAUUAAGAAGUAAUAGGAACAGGCUGCCUUAUAGACUUAAAGAAAGAAUUCACUCCAUUCUCUUUCUAGCACCUGGUAGUUGCCCACUUCCUUGGCUUAUGGACAUGUCGUUCCAAACCCUUUUCAGUCUUCGUACCAUCUUCACCACUGUGUCUGUCUUGUCCAUUGUCUUCAAAUGUCAUGUGUCACUAGGUAAUUGAGCCACCUAGAUAACCCAGGAUACUGUAUCUGCAGAGGCCAUUCGUUUGGUUUUGGUGUUACUGAUGGUGUUGCUGCUGGUAGUCAUUUUGGUUUUUCUGGUUUUAAAAUAAAAUCGCAUUCUCAGGGAUCAGGGGCUAGGGUGUGAACAUAUUUCUGAAUGCACUAUUUAGCUCACAGCAGAAAGAUCAAUGAGAUCCAGUCUAUCUAGUCCCUGUCAUUGUAAAGCACACACCAGAGCUGGGGAUAUAACUCGGCUGCUAAAGUAUUUGCUUUGAGUGCAUGCGAAAACAUUUUAAAAGUAGGACUUGUGGUCAGAAUGACUGAGAACGAGAAGAAUUAAAUAUAUGAGAAGCAGUAUUUGAAAUAGUAACACAUAAUACUAUUUUUAAUCUAUCUACAAAUAGUGAACAGUGGCAUGAAGGCCCAAAGGAUCGGCCUUCAAGGAAAUAAGAUGCUAGACAAUCUUCUCUCCUGCAUGCCUUUGAAUGGACAGACUAAGGAAUCCAGCUACAACCCACCAGAUGCUUAAAAUAAUGGUACCCAUCACUCCCUGAAUUCUCACUUCCAUGGGUACCUGAAAUCUGGGAGUGACCUAGGGUAGGUGAGUAACAGAUUUAAAGACACUAAAAAACAAAAUUAAGUUCCAAUCUGAGUGCAGUUGGCAGGAGACCCCGAAGAGCAUGCUCAAAACCCCCAUCUGCUGGAGAUGACGGCUGAGCAAGGCUGAUGACAGCGAACAAGCUCUGUCCACUGGUAGACGCUGACAGUCAGAGAAAGGCAAGAUCAGCUGGGCUGUUCAGAGGCCCAGCUGAUGCCUCUAACAAUCAGGCCGACGGUGGAUCUUAAGGCGAGACCAUCAGGGUGGUGUCUGAAUCGUGAGGGAAGUGGUUUUGAGGCUGGGUUUUGAGCCACACCCACUAUAUUGUAUGCCCUGUCAGAACACAGAAAAUGCAUUAACAGGAAGCUCUUGUCAUUUUCUCCAUGCUUCCUACAAGUCUUGUUUCUAAUUAGAAAGUGCACCAUCUAACAUAUGAUCCCUAGAAAUAAUUUUUAUAAACAUCCAACACAUGUAUGAAAAACAGAUGCUAUCUUUUCUAUGCAAGCCAUCUUAUAAAAAAUUAGGUUUGGAAGCUUUUAAUUUUCUAUAUCAGUAACAACAUUUUAUCCUUCCGGAAUGUAAAGCUGAUUGAUCCAUCUCUGCAAAACUUUUCAAAAUUUAAGAAUGCCAAGCUAAAAAAUAGGUCCUAUUCAUAAGAAAAAAAUUAGAAGCUAGCUAUCUGCUAGCUUGUCUUGUGUUUCUGAAGUUACUGCACUCUGCAUCCUCCCUAGCUUAAAUAUUAAUAGAUUGUCCUGCCCACCCGAGUUUAGCACAGUGGAGGAAAGUCGUUCCUGUCUUAAAACUGCUAGGCAAGCUGGUUCCUGGACAACUCGGAGGGCAGAUGUGAAGAAUGGCUGAGACAGGUAAUCUCUGUCUUUACAAGCCUCGAGUUCAUGUGUUCUCUCAGCUAGUCCUUGCUCUAUCCACAGGCCCAUCCUGAUCGUUUUAAAUUCCAUAGCUUGUC